GGAAAUUUCCAAUCAGUUACUAAUGCGACUACCCCCCUCCUCUCCUCCCCCUCCCCCUCCUCCUGUUUCUGCUUUGCGGGGUGACAGUGCACCCCCUGAGGCCGCUUCCUGCCUGAGUAAACAAAGCCACGCGGUCACCACAAACAGCACAACAACACUGUUUACAAAUAACGCUGACUCCAACCAACAGUCUCACACUUUGCAGUGGUCUGAAUUAAGUUACACUGGCUUUGAACCUGUAGACCAUUACCCCAUUGAUAAACACUGUUUUACCCCAGCAGAAGAAGAAGAAGAAGAAGAAGAAGAAGAAGAAGAAGAAGGAGAAGAAGAAAGCUAUUCUUACCAGCAGCACUUACCAACGCCAUCGGAAGGAGCAGAACAGUCUCGUGAUAUCUACUCAGAAAGUAAUCAUUUUCCAUUAGUCGCUAAUGAACUCUUCUUUGUCAAAAGUGAUCCCUCCGAGUACCAAGCUCUCACUGCAGAUGCUGGGCUGUUAGAUCCCGACCGACAUGAAGACUGUGAGGAGUCUAAACUAGAGUUCGAACAGAAGCGAGAAGAGUCUAGCCACACAAUGACUUCUUCCAACGCUCUCACUUCAGAUUUGCAUCCUUGUCGAGGCAACUGGAAAGUGUCCAAUGGGAUAAACAAGUCCAAAUCCAGCUGUGAACUUUUCACUUUUGACAUUCCCAAAACUGACAUUAUCCCAGCGCCGCGUCACCUGGCAUCGGGCAGCACUCCGGGAUCAAUUGAGUUCCCAGCGCGCUCGGCGGACGAGCUUGAGCUGGACAUUGAUCUGUCAGAUGUGUCAAGUGUGCUUCUUGAGAUAAACCAGUUGUCUAGAUUGCAGCACCAGAUGUGCGAGCAAACACAACUGGAUUCUACGCAGCCAGAAUGGGAUUAUCACGAGGAGCCAGACAGUUACAUGAAUGCAGAAGUUACCAUCACAGAAACCGACUUUUCCUCUGAUUUUAAACCCCAACUGAAUGAUUUGGAUGCACCUUUAGUUUCCAAUUGGGAAGUGCACAUGGAGCAGAUUGAGGAGUACGAGGAGCCUGAUUACAUGAAUGUUUCGCUGCUGCCUCCCGACUUGGACUUCGACAAAGAGAGAAAUCUGAGAGAGACUAGUCUGUGCGACGACACAGACGACGAGGAUGAUGCCUCUGAUGAUAUUGUCGGGAGUGACGGGAAGUGGCGCAGUUAUGAGCGCUACUCUAACGACAACAACGACAACCAAAACAGGUUUCACGCUAUGAAGCAAUGUUACAAUGUAGACGAUGAUCAAAGCCAAGAAACAUAUCUGCUCGGUGACUCGCACCAAGGACUUGACUCCGAACUACAGCACUGCGCCGAUCAAGUUGAACAAGUUAACACGGGGCACACUGAUGAAGUUGCAUCGGAUCGAACGAUUGAUCAGAAAGAUAAUAUAAUGCGCACAGCAGAAACAAGAGUCGCUGAGCCAAGUAGUUCUGAGAACUUAUCCAGAGAAGAACCACAGACUAAGGUCGUUACAACUGGUCAAGAUGUUUUCAGGAGCCGCGAGAAAGUGUCAUCAAAGCCGAGGGAGCUUGAUAGGGGUGCAUCACUUGGCGGAAGUUUAGGACGGCGCAAGGACAAAAGGGAGGGAGAAGGGAGUUUGGUUCGAAAUCUCCACAAGCGACUGUCGGAAUCUUCAUUUUCUGCCUCUCUAUCGUCCGCAUUCAGUACUCUCAAGUCAUCCUUCUCAGUCGAACAGAACAUCAACGAGACCAAUAUCAGCCCAAGUAGAGAUAUUCUUGAUGAAGCAGAAAAUAAUGGCAGUUUUAGCCAAGAAAAGGAAGACGAAAGGAAAAGAGUGGAUUCUUUAAUAGCCGACGAAGAAAAUGAACAUCAUAGGACGUCUAUUCCCGAUGACCAUUGUUCACAUGUUCCAAGAAGCAAAAACGGAACAGAGAUCGAAGAAUGUGAAAGAACGCAGAAUUCAGAAGCGAAAAAGGUGAGUGAUAGAACUAGACUAGAUUCCGAUCAGAGCAGCAGUUUCGAAGACAUAGCAGAUCACGAGAUCAUUCUACAACAGACACCGUGGUCACUUGACAGCCAAGAAGUGCUUGAAGCGUAUGAUGAAACGUUGAAUGAUGCCGGGUCAAUGAAGGCAGUGUAUCCAUCCGUAGUUACUUCUCAGACUAAGUUUGAUGAGUUACAGCCGAGAGACGACAGAGAAGAAGAGCAACCAGACUCGCAUCACAAAACUUCCUGUAGUGCUGACCAUGAAUCAAACUCAACAAAAGUUAAGCCAUCGAAUAGCGAGGGAAAAAUCAUUGAUGAAAAAGAGGUAACAGAAAACGAGGAGUCCGAAAAAAGCGACGACCAUCACUCUAGUGAGCUAGAAGAGACGGCAGAAGGAGUUGAAGGAGUUCAAAAUGAAGAAGAGGACGAUGAUGUUGAUUUUGAUGACGAGGAUCACCUUGAGACCGAUAUCUUCCAAGUGAGCUAUUGUGUCCAACCAGGCCAGAGUCAGUUCAAAAUGAUGAACGCACUCUCCACCCAAGAAGAAGAAGACGAAGAUGAAGACGAAGACGAAGACGACGACGAAGAAGAAGAACCGAAUCAAUCACCAGAUGAUGUUGAAAAUGAGCAGAACUUUGCCGAUGAUUGGAAGAUUCAAGACAGCAAACAAAUCAUAGAUCUCGAAAUUGAAAAGGAAGUUCAAGAGAUACGAGCUAUCGAAAUCCAGAAACUCUUAGAGAAUAACUUAUCGAAAACAACUUCUAUGGGAGCUAGUGAAGAUUGUAUCAUGCCAAAUUCAAACUUCACAGUUGAAAAUUAUGAUCAUCAGAUUUUUUCCGGUCGUCAGAAUGUGAAAAAGGAUGCUGUAUUAUUAUCAGUAAAUGCGGCAAAAGACGAUCAUGCGAAUAAAAUGGAAGAAUCAGUUUCUGUUGAUGUAAAUAACUUUUUGCCGCCCGUUUCUUCCGACAAUUUACCUUCUGAGAGGCAGCCUAUUGAGCAAUCGGGAUCCUCAUUUCACUUCCAUCAAACUAUAGAGGACUCUUUAUGUUUUGAGGAACCCAAGGCAGAUGAGGCAUUUAUCAGAGAGAAGGAUGAACACUUUAUUGAAGCCACGGAACAGUCGAGGCUUACUUCAAAUCCCGAACCUCCUGUUUCUUCUUCGAUUCCUGUUAGUUCACCAGUUUUGGUGCAGCCACCUUGCUCCAGUCUCAAACUCAGCGCAAGUUCAGGCCUCAAUUUUGCACCUGUUUUUGCCGAGCACCUGUCUCUAAACCUAUCUUCAGUGGGAAUGGAGGGAUCUUGUGCGAGCAUAGAUACUGAUAGUAACUUGUCACUUUCUUUUGAUGAGUCACUGUGGCCGCUACACUUGUCAACCACACUUCCUCUCAAUCACCACUCCCCUCAUCAUCAUCAUCAUCAUCGACAACCCCCCUCUUCUGCCUCAACAUCUUUGGGAUGCCCUUCACUGGCGACCAGACCAGUUCCAGUCAUCGGUCCCGUCAGCACCCUCUACCCAGACACUCCUCUGCUGUCCUCCAUCCUAGAAUCUAACUCGAGUGCAACAGCUCCUCUUGCAACAAUGCCGUCAGGCGACAUCAUGGGCGCUACAGGAUCUGCUGUAUUUUUCCCAGCUUCUACAGAGGUUCCAAGUUCUCGAACUGGAGUAGAAGGUAGACGAGGAAGUGGGAAUGGCAGUGAAGAGGGAACUCUUGUUCCAUCCCCCUGCUCCCCUCCCCCACCCGGAGUGGCGGCGGUGGCGGCUGCGGCUGUUACAGCAGGGGGAGUGCUGGCACUGGCCUCUGUUCACGAGGAGGUGUGCAGUGCCCGCCUGGUGGAGCAGAGGAUCACAGUGCAGGAACUGCAGAGGAGGAGGGACAUCUUCGCCCUCUGUAACUCACUCAUGGCCAAACAACACACCACCCCCACCUGUCACGCCCACACCCACACCCACUCUCCCACAAGUGCUCAAGUUGUGAUGUUUCAGGUGGCCUGUCACGUGAUCAUCAGCUGGAACUUGAAUUUGUAGGAGCAACUUCUGCAGCUGCCACACAGAGUGCUUUGAUGAUAUCUCAGUGCUCUGCUUCUCACACAGCAGCUGGGGCAGUUGCUGCUAUACAAGUAGGGGGGCAGCUAGCUCC